AUGGCAACUCCAAAAGGAAGGAAAAAAACAGACAUGAAAAAAAUUGAUGAGCCAUUCGUAGAACAUGGAGAUUCAGUUAAAAAAUCGAGGAAUCCUGGACAAGAUGAUAAGGCUUUAAAGCUGCGGGCAUGUUUAUCUUGUCGUUUAUUACGAACUGAAGCCGAAUUUUACCAAAACGGAUGUAGUAAUUGUAAAUUUUUGCAAAUGACUGGGGACAGACAUAGAAUACAAGAUUGCACAACAGAAAAUUUUAGUGGAUUUAUAGCAAUAACUACUCCUACUAAAUCUUGGAUAGCUCAAUAUAAUGACCUUAGCAAAUAUAAUCCAGGCUUUUAUGCUUUACAGGUUGUAGGAGAAUUACCUGAAUCGAUAAGAGACUUAAAAUCAAGCUAUUAA